CUUUACCGCGAAAUCAUGUCUCGACCGAGCGAUCGCAUACCGAUCUUCGUCGACUCGGUCCUCGAUUUUCUCCAAGAGCACGAUUUCGACGGUAUCGAGCUCGACUGGGAAAAUGGCUCGACCAACGACCUGAAAAUAAUCGCCAAAUCGCUGAGGGCCGCCUUCGGGCCCCGAGGCUACACCCUCGCCAUUGCCAUCAGGCCCGAGCAGAUCGUCGACGCCGAGCUGUCCUCGCAGGUCGAUUUGUUGCUCCUGAGGGCCUGGCACCAGAGGAGAGUGCCCGAAGUGGCUCAAACACCCGCUCCCAUGAGUUUGGUCACGAGCCUCGUCGAAGGCAUGAAAAAGAGAGGCGUGCCUGCCUCUAAAAUCGUCUUGGGCGUGCCGUUCUUCGGCUGGUCGUAUCAGCUGUCCGAGAACGACGAACAAGUUGCCGAUACUCUGCACGCCGUGGGUCUGGGUAUCGACGGACAGUACACCAAACAAAAAGGAGAGCUUGCUUAUUUCGAGAUUUGCGAAAAAAUUGAAGAGCCGUGGCAAUAUAAGAGACACGAGCAAAACGGAUCAUACCUUGUAUCGGGAAACCAAUGGAUCGGCUACGACGAUCCUCUGGCAAUGAAAAUCAAGGCUGCCUACGUAAAGUCCGCUGGUCUUGGAGGAAUAGCUCUUCACUCGCUGGACUUGGACGACUUCCAGGGAAUAUGCGGUGACUCAUGGCCUCUGCUGACGGCUGCAACAACGGCACUCGGCAUCCUCGACGAUCCAGUCGAGCAAUGCCCGAAAAACGGCCUCUACAGCGAUCCCGACAACUGUUCCGGUUUUCUCACGUGCUUCAACGGGCAUCUGCAUCGGGGCAGCUGCGGACGAGGCCGCUUCUACGACUCGUCGCGCGGACGCUGCGUCCCGGCCAGUCCGGAGAUCUGCAAUCCGGGCCAGAGCAACAAGUUCGGCUACCCGCAGAGCUCGACGGCCCUGGAGCACCUGCGCAAGCGGCAGCAACUGGAGAAGCUCGAGCUGAGCGAGGACGGCCUGCGCGUCGUUUGCUACCUCACCAGCUGGUCCAUGUAUCGCAAGGGCCUCGGCAAAUUCGUACCCGAGCACUUGGACUCGAGGCUGUGCACCGACGUCGUUUACGCCUUCGCAGGAUUGAAUCCGGAGACGCUGACCGUCCAUUCGUUCGAUCCUUGGGCGGACAUCGACAACAAUCUGUACCAACGCGUCACCUCGAUCGUCGGCUCCCGAGUCCUGCUGGCGGUGGGCGGCUGGACGGACAGCGCCGGCGACAAGUACUCGCGGCUGGCCAGCACACUGGCGUCCCGUCGCAAAUUCGCCAAGUCUGCGACGCAGUUCCUGCUGAAGCACAGCUUCCAGGGCCUGUCCCUGGAGUGGAACUAUCCGGGCUGCUGGCAGAGCGACUGCCGCCGUGGCCCCGAGUCGGACCGCAAGAACUUCGUGCAGCUGCUCACCGAGCUGAGGCGCGAGUUCGACCAGCAGGAGACGAAGCUCACCCUGGCCGUGGCCCUGUCCGGCUACAAGGAGGUCAUCGACAAGGGCUACGACGUCGAGCAGAUAUCCCACAUGGUCGACUUCAUGACCGUCAUGACUUACGAUUACCACGGCUCGUGGGAGAGCAAGACGUCGCACUUGUCGCCGCUCUUCGCCAUUCCCGGCGACGCCAGUCCCUACUACAACAUGAACUACACCCUCAACUACUUGGUCAGCCUGGGAGCCGACCCAAAGAAGCUCGUGGCCGACAUCCCCAUGUACGGUCAGAGCUAUCGCCUGAGCAUGGCCAGUAAGCAUGGCUUGGGAGAGGCAGCCAGCGGACCCGGGGCAGCCGGCGAGUACACGAGGCAGCCCGGCAUGCUGGCCUACUACGAGAUCUGCGAGAGAAUCGAGAAGGACAAUUGGAAGACCGGCCCGGGACCCAGUGCCUAUUACAAGGAGCAGUUCGUGAGCUUCGACAAUCCCGCGAGCAUCAUGUACAAGGGCCAAUAUCUGAAGAACAACGGGUACGGAGGUGCCGCGGCCUGGACGGUCGACCUCGACGAUUUCACCAACCGAUGCUGCCAGGAGCCUUUCCCGCUUUUGCGUACCAUCAAUCGAGCCAUCGGCCGGCUGCUGACUCCAGCCCCGUCGCACAAGGACUGCAAGAAACCGCAGGAACCCGUGACUCCGGUGGCACCGACCAUGACCUCGCACUCGGACGCCAAUGAAAACUGGUCGAAGCCGACCUCGCCCAUGUCCUCGACGACCUGGCCAACUUGGAGCGACAGACCCUCGACUCCUUGGGACCAGAGCAGCUCGACCACUUGGUCUUGGUCCGAAAAGCCCUCGACCUGGUGGAGUACGCAAAGCACCACCACCUCGACUACUACCAGGAGGCCGACCGUGACUUGGGCAGCGACGACCACGAGGAAGCCGUCGACUCUGGCGGAAUACCUGCCGGGUGGUAACCCACCGAUGCUCGGGGGUGUCUCCUGCACCCUCGGCGAGCACAGACGAGAUCCCCACAACUGCGGCACCUACUAUCGCUGCGUACUGGGCGAGUUCAAGCGAGAGUCUUGCGCGCCCGGCCUUCACUACGACACGAAUCGCAACCAAUGCGACUGGCCCAGCAAAGUCAAUUGCCAACUGCACGGCGCUCGUUUCGCGACAAAGACGCAAAAAUACACAAAUAAUCGAGACGCUCGAUCACCUAUCAAGAGGAUAAUGGCUCGAGUUACUAUUUUCAUGAGCCUCGUACUGAUCGGCUUUUUGAUAAUCGGCUUUUUAGAGAGCAUUCAAAGCAACGAGACCGGAAGUUGCGGCAAAAAGUGUAGCCCUUACAAUGAAAAAGGGAGUCCAAGUACCACAACGACUCGUCGGCCAACAACUACGAGCACAACGGUGAACUACGACGAUACAUCGAUAAUCGAGUCGAGCUACGACGAGAUCCACGAGUCCAAUGGAAAGCAAUGCGAGCACGGCCAGUACUACACGAUUCCGGGCUCGUGCACCGAGUUCCAGAUCUGCGUCAAUGGCAGACUGGUGCGCCAACAGUGCGGCCCCGGGCUCAAUUGGAGCAGCGCCAAGAACAUGUGCGACUGGGCCUACAAGAAUCCGUGCAAGGCCAAGGCCAAGCCGGCCGUCGUCUGGCCGAGCGAGGACGUCGUCGCUCGUUACCAGUGCGAGUCCGGGAGCUUCAUGCCCGUGCCCGACGACUGCGAGAGCUACUACACCUGCCUCUGGGGACAGCUGCAGUGGAACAAGUGCGCCCCCGGACUGCACUUCAACGCCGAGGACAGGAUCUGCGACUGGCCCGCCCGAGCUCGUUGCAACGUUCACAGGCCCCCGCAGGAGAUUCCGCUCGAUCCGCUCGGAAGCGACGACGAGGUAGCCGCGGUGUCCACCGAGUCGCCGAGACCGACGACCGAGUCCGACUUGCUUCCGCUCAGUGAAUUCGAUUCCGCGCCGUCUCCGCUCUCGGGUCACUUCAAGGUCGUCUGCUACUUCACGAAUUGGGCCUGGUACCGACGCGGCAUCGGUAAAUAUCUGCCCGAGGACAUCGACCACAGUCUCUGCACCCACAUCGUUUAUGGCUUCGCUGUACUCGACCCCGUCAACCUGGUCAUCAAGGCUCACGACUCUUGGGCCGACUACGACAACCGCUUUUACGAGAGAGUCGUGGCAUACAAGAAAAAAGGUGUCAAGGUGAGUCUCGCGCUCGGAGGCUGGAACGAUUCCGAGGGCAACAAAUACAGCCGUCUCGUGAACGACGCGGCAGCUCGGAAGAGAUUCGUCACCAACUCCCUGCAGUUCAUCGAGAAGUACGGAUUCGACGGUCUAGAUCUCGAUUGGGAGUAUCCCGUUUGCUGGCAGACCGAUUGCAAAAAAGGACCGGCCUCCGACAAAGAGGGAUUCACGGCCCUCGUCCGGGAACUCAGCGACGUUCUGAGACCGAAGGGUCUGCUUCUGUCGUCGGCCGUAUCGCCGAACAAAAAGAUCAUCGACGCCGGCUACGACGUGCCGACCUUGUCCAAGUACUUCGACUGGAUCGCCGUGAUGACCUACGACUUCCACGGCCAGUGGGACAAGAAGACCGGCCACGCUUCGCCCCUGUACUAUCACGACGACGACGACAUUCACUACUUCAACGCCAAUUACUCGAUCAAUUAUUGGCUGUCGAAGGGCGCCCCGGCCAGAACUCUGGUCAUGGGUCUGCCCCUGUACGGCCAAGCCUUCACGCUGAACGACCCCAGCUCCGGAACGGGCCUCAACAGACCCGCGAGCGUCGGCGUGGCCGGCGAGUUCACCAUGUCCGCGGGCUUCCUGGCCUACUACGAGAUCUGCGAUCGCGUCAAGAACAAGGGCUGGACGGUCGUGCAGGAUCCCCAAAGACGCAUGGGCCCUUACGCGUACAAGGGCAACCAGUGGGUCGGCUACGACGACGCCGACAUGAUCAGGCAGAAGGCUCAGUACAUCCGGGACAUGGGCUUGGGCGGAGGAAUGGUUUGGGCUCUCGAUUUGGACGACUUCAAGGGGCGCUGCAACGAGGGCAAGCAUCCGCUGAUGCACACCUUGCAGCAAGUGCUCGCCAUGCCUCCCAACAAGCACGACAGACCUAUUCCUCUGCCGGUCAUUGGACAAGAGCUCGAAUGGAAGCCACCGAGUCCAUCGUACGUCGGUGAAAAACCCGUAGCCCCCGGUAAGCCCGUGAAACCCGUGAAGCCGGUGCUGGACAAGCCGGAAGCGCCACCGACCCAGCCGACUCCCGUCGAGAUCGCCAACGAACAAGACGACGAGUACAAGAUGGUGUGCUACUUCACCAACUGGGCCUGGUACAGGCAGGGCGCCGGCAAAUUUCUGCCCGAAGACAUCGACACGGAUCUUUGCACGCACAUCAUGUACGGCUUCGCUGUCCUCGACGGCUCUACGCUCACCAUAAAAACACACGACUCUUGGGCGGAUAUCGAUAACCGCUUUUACGAGAGAGUAGUGGCUCACAAGAAAAAGGGUAAAAAGGUUCUCGUGGCCAUCGGAGGUUGGAAUGACUCAGCCGACGACAAGUACAGCAAACUCGUCAACAGCCCGGAUGCAAGAUUACGCUUCAUCACCAACAUCGUUCAAUUCAUCGAUAAAUACGGAUUCGACGGUCUCGACUUGGAUUGGGAGUACCCAGUCUGUUGGCAGGUCGACUGCAAGAAAGGUCCGAAAUCCGACAAAGACGGAUUCAGCGCUCUGGUGCGCGAGUUGAGCGCCGUGUUCAAGCCCCGAGGAUUGCUGCUCUCGGCGGCCGUGUCGCCGAACAAGCGCGUGAUCAACGAAGGCUACGACGUGCCCGUACUAGCCGAGUACCUCGACUGGAUCGCCGUCAUGACUUACGACUAUCACGGCCAAUGGGACAAGAAAACUGGACACAAUGCUCCGUUCUACGCGCGCCCCGACGACUGGGAGCAAACCUUCAACGCGAACUUUUCCAUUCACUAUUGGAUGGAGCGAGGAGCCCCCGCGAAAAAAUUGGUCAUGGGCGUUCCUCUGUACGGGCAGAGUUUCUCGCUCGCCGAGGCCAAGACGCACGGACUCGAGGCGCCGACUUACGGUGGCGGAGAGGCCGGGGACGAUACCAGGGCUCGUGGUUUCCUAUCUUACUACGAGAUUUGCCAGAGAACUCUGAAGAAGGGCUGGACAGUGGUCGAAGAUCCUCUGAGACGAAUCGGGCCCUACGCCUACAAAGGAGAUCAGUGGGUCAGUUUCGACGACGCCGAACAAGUCAGGCGUAAAGCCGAGUACAUCAAGGAGCUUGGACUGGGCGGUGGUAUGGUCUGGGCGUUGGAUUUGGACGACUUUAAAAAUUACUGCGGCUGCGAGCCGAAUCCACUGCUCAGGACCAUGAACAGAGUCUUGAGAAAUUAUCCUCCUGGUCCAUUGUGCAAAGUCACUGAGUAUCCUUUGCUGGAAGGAGAAACAGCUACUCCAAAACCGAUUCCGCAAAUUCCAUCGAAACCGUCAAAACCAUCUAAACCAUCGAAACCGUCGAAGCCAUCAACGCCGUCAAUAGCAACGACUCCGAAACCAGCGAGACCGACUUCCAGCACUCCAGGAGCUAGUUCAACUAGUCCAGUCUACGACGAGGUGGAAAUGGACACGAACAUGAAAGACGAGUACCCGAACAUGAAAGAUUGCGAGGGAAAACUAUUCUUAUCCCACAAAACGGAUUGCCGCAAGUACUACGUAUGCAAUCACGACCAGGUUUCCGAGCAAAUCUGUCCCAACGGCCUCUACUGGAACAAAGAACAUUGCGAUUGGCCCGUGAAUACGAAAUGCGAUCGUAAGCCCCCCAACGACGAUGUAGCUUCGGUCCCAUCUGGUUCGACGCCAAGGCCAUCGGUGACCUCUAGCCCUUGGAGCACGACGACUCAGAGCCAGUGGCAAUGGGUCGAUCCGUCGCUGACGUCGACGACCCCCGAGCCGAUCGACGAGCCCGAGGACCUCAGCAUGGACGGCCGCAAGAUGGUGUGCUACUUCACCAACUGGGCCUGGUACAGGCAGGGCGCCGGCAAGUACCUGCCCGAGGACGUCGACACGAACCUGUGCACGCACAUAGUCUACGGCUUCGCCGUGCUGGACUUUGAGCGUCUGGUGAUCAAGAUGCACGACUCGUGGGCCGACGUGGACAACCGCUUCUACCAGCGGGUGGUGCAGCACAAGAAGAAGGGCAUCCGGGUGCUGAUCGGCAUCGGCGGCUGGAACGACUCGGCCGGCGACAAGUACAGCCGUCUGGUGAACAAUCCGCAGGCGCGCAAGCGCUUCGUCGACGACAUCGUCAAGUUCAUCGAGAGGCACCAGUUCUCGGGCCUGGACCUCGACUGGGAGUACCCGGUCUGCUGGCAGGUCGACUGCAAGAAGGGCCCGGCCAAGGACAAGGAGAGCUUCGCCGCGUGGGUGCGCGAGCUGAGCGCCGCCUUCAAGCCGCGCAAUCUCCUCCUCUCGGCGGCCGUGUCGCCCAGCAAGCGGGUCAUCGACGCCGGCUACGACGUGCCGACCCUCGGCCAGCACCUCGACUGGAUCGCCGUCAUGACCUACGACUAUCACGGCCAGUGGGACAAGAAGACCGGCCACAACGCCCCCCUCUACUACUAUCCGGGCGACGACUACGACUACUUCAACGCCAACUACAGCAUGCGCUACUGGAUCGAGAAGGGCGCUCCCUCGAGGAAGCUCGUCAUGGGCCUGCCCAUGUACGGCCAGAGCUUCACCCUGGCCAAGGAGGCCGACAACGGACUGAACGCCCCCGCGCCAGGACCCGGACAGGCUGGCACCUUCACCAGAGCUGCCGGAUUCUUAUCCUUUUACGAGAUUUGUACUAAGGUUAAAAAAGAAGGCUGGACCAAGGUCGUCGAUCCCGAAGGUCGUAUCGGUCCCUAUGCGACCCAUGGCAAUCAAUGGGUUGGAUACGAUGACAUAUCGCAAGUCGCAAGAAAGGCGCAAUUCAUCAGAGAUCUCGAUCUGGGCGGCGGAAUGAUAUGGGCUCUGGACCUCGACGAUUUCCGCAACACCUGCGGUUGCGGCAAAUAUCCGCUCUUGACUACGCUCACCAAUGGACUGCGCGGAAUUGGCACGCAAAAUCCGACCGAUUGUACUUAAACCGCGCCAACGAUUCACGGAUUUUUUCCAAGAUACUGCCCGAAACACGACGAUGUUCGCCGAGGAUUUACAACCCUAUUUCUUUCAAUUCGAGUCUUCCAUUCGUAGAUUCAACUUUUUACUUUUUUAUAAUGUUCAAACUGUCAUAAACCUUGCUUCUACGACAAAAAAGAACGAGAAAAAUUCAGAUUACCUCUAGGUGAGACCAAGAAUUCGAUGUUUAGACACAAGGAUGAAAUUAUUCGCUUUGAUGCAUUGCAAAGGUAAAAUAUUUAUCCGAUAAAAAGGAACGUUUGAAAGAGUCUGAUACAAGCCAAAAAAGUGUACAUAAAAUCAAAAAGAAGCGAGGUUUGUGAAUGUUUUAUUCGUCAUUCUCCUUCUUGCAGCUCAAAUGCAUGAGAUGCUCGGAAGACAAUGGCCUUUAGUUAAUAAACUAGCUUGUAAAUUUAUAAGUGAUAUAUAGUUCAUAAGGAAUUUUUAAUUCGCAAAAAUACUUUCACGCAUCUCAAAUGAAAACGAUAAAAUAAUUUUUUGUAUCGCAAACAUGUAUGAGUAAUAAAAUGUAAUGAUAUUAUUAUAGAAUAAAUAAAGCAAUUAUUGAG